UCCUUAAUUGGAAUAUGGAAUCUAUGUUAUGUUGACAUAAUGUGCUGAAUUUGUGCCAUUUCUGCAAGUUUAUGCCAAACAUUGGUCAUUCUGACUGCAUUGUAGAUUCCGCAUAGUAGAUAAGCCUUUUGCCUUCUAAAAGUCUGUAACACACGCCUCUCUUUUUUAAAAUUCUUUUGUUGAUUUGAUAGAAGUUUAUUCUUUCCCCUUUCUUCAUUUUGCCCCACAAAAUAACACUUCUAUUUUCCAUGCAUCAAUGUAUUUCCUAGUCUUGUACAUUUCUUUUUCUUAUAGACUUUAUCUGCUCUCAGAACUUGUGUAUUAUGUACUAAAAAAGAAAACAGAGUAUUUUUCCUGUAAUAAUACGCCAGAAAUCUGUAGUGAGAUUCUGGUGUUUCCUAGUCAGAGUAAGGUUAAGGGAUGGAGUCUCUUGAAGAUGAGGAGUUUGAUCUCAACUGGGUUUGCUGUCUUCUUGAUGAUAUACCAAGCACUUGUUGUGACUCUUCUGCCAUGCAGCCUGACAUUCCUUUGCCUAUUGCUCGAUUCGAUUCUUUUCCCAGCUCCACCUUCCUCAGUGAGGCUACUCAAGAUUCCAUCGAGAGUUUGUAUGGUUUUGAUGUCUGUUGCCGGAAAAGAGUUCGUGUUGGAUCGGUUACUGCAUCAAGCAGCUCCAAAGCAUGUCGUGAGAAACAACGAAGGGAUCAUCUAAAUGAAAGGUUCCUUGAAUUAAGUGAAAUUUUGGAGUCUGGAACAAAACCCAAGUUUGACAAAGCCGCUAUACUAACUGAUGCUAUUCGGCAAGUAAAGCUGUUACGUGAAGAAACUAGUAACUUAACCAGCCAAAAUGGUGAAUUAAAAGAAAAGAUCAAUGAAUUGAAGGUGAAGAAGAAAGCACUUCGCGGUGAAAAGCAUAGGUUAGUGUCAGAGAAAGAGAAGCUGGAGCAGAGAAUUAAGUCUGUAGCUUCUCAUCCUAGCUUACAUUUCCAUCCUACUUCCGUUCCAUCUUCAUACGCUAUCCCCUGUCAAGCAGUUGGUGGCAAACUGAUGCCCCUGAUUAAUUACUCCGGUGUUCCCUUUUGGCAAUUUGCACCUCAAGCUGCUUUUGAUACCUCACAAGAUCACGUCUUUCACCCUCCCGUCGCUUAAGCUGGAGCUGUUAUCCGUUCCUUGCAGAUCUUCCAUUGACCUUGAAGUUAAUGGUUAAAUCGAUCUCCUUAGUGUAAGGCUCUGUUUCAGGAUGAAAGGAUUAACAAUGGAUGAUUAAUUGUAUUGGAGCGGUAGUUAAUUCUGCUUAACUGAUGAACUAAAUUCGGUUAUGCAUUGAUUGAAACUCUCUCUUUUUCAUAAUCACUUCAUGCUCCAGUCAUCCACACACAUCUACACAUAAUUUUCUAAAACCUGACACAUUAGCGCCACAAGUUUCUUCUUUUACCAUUAUAAUUAUAUGUUCCUUCCUUCUCUUAAUUCUUCAAUUUUCUCAUAUUAUACUUCA